UGCCUCUAAUGAAGCUUUAUUAAGGAGCUGAUCACUUUUCUCUGUGAAACACAAACACUUGGGAUCUGAAAACAGUGACGACUCACCGGAGAGAGGAGCGACACCAACCAUGCUGUGUUGUCUAAAAGUCCUGCCAGCUCCUCUGCAGAUCUGCAUGGGAAUUUGCCUCCACCAGGAUGUCACAGAAGAGGGUAAAAAGGCCAAACUCCAGAGCUCCAAAAUAGAACAGGAUCUUUGUGAACAUGCCAGGACUGAGAUGAACGUGGUGAAAAUCCUCAUGCUUGGAGCUGCAGAGAGCGGGAAGAGUACGCUGAUCAAGCAGAUAAAGAUCAUCCACAGUCAUGGCUUCUCCAAGCAGGAGCUCAUCAGUUUUCAGGCUUCAGUGCUCGAUAACCUCCUGACCUCUAUGAAGUUUGUCCUUCGUGGAAUGGGGAUGCUGAGGAUAAACCUCGCCAACAAGAAGAACAAGGUGCACGCUCGCUCCAUCCUGUCCUGUAGCCAGUGUUUGGGGGAUGACCAGGAGCUGCUUCCCUUCGUGGCCCAUGCCUUGUGCGCGCUCUGGGCCGACCAAGGCGUGCGAGCAGCUGCGGCCAGAGGCUACGAAUUUGAGCUGAACGACUCUGCGCUCUAUUUCUUUGAGAACAUGAGUCGAAUCAUCGCUCCCAACUACGUUCCCACCGAGACAGAUGUUCUGAGAGUGAGAGUGAGGACCUGUGGAAUCAUUGAGACGCAGUUUCAAGUUAAUGAAACAAUAUUUCGGUUGUAUGAUGUCGGGGGCCAGCGGAGCAAGCGGAGGAAGUGGCUCAGUUGCUUUGACUGUAUUCAGGUCGUGCUGUUUGUCGUGUCCCUCAGCAGCUAUGAUAUGACCCUGAUGGAGGGCCCCUCAAGGAAUCGGCUGCAGGAAAGUCUUCAACUCUUUACAUCAGUGUGCACCAACACGGUCUUUAACAGCACAUCUCUGAUUCUGUUCAUGAACAAAACUGAUCUUUUCCGGAAGAAGAUCCUAUAUUCUGGAAGACACUUGAGAAUUUACCUUUCUGGUUAUACAGGAGCAGACAGUAACGUGGACGCUGCAGCCCACCACAUCACUGCCAUGUUUUCAUCGUGCAACAGCAGUCCGGACAAGCCGGUGUACCACCACUUCACCACGGCUACAGACACCACCAACAUCCAGGUGGUCUUCCACAUGGUCAUAGAUCAGAUCAUCAGGGAGAACCUUGCAGCUGUGCAGCUGCUGUAAAAGUCUCCUGAAGACUAGUUCCAUUUUAUUCUGUUAUUCACAGCAAUGGAAUUUAAAUUCUAUCUCGGCUGUACAAAUGUUUUAUAAUUUCAGAUCAAUUAAAUUAAUUUAUUUUAAGCUGCACAUUUUAU